ACCUAACGAAAGCAUCCAAUCCGGCUCGUCCGCCUGUCCGGCGCGUUGCUACAUAGCCUAAAAAUCUUCUCGAGACGCAGUUUAGAAUGUGAAUCGGAUUUCGGCUGUGGAAGCGGUACAAUCUCUGCUACAAUGACGUUCGAGGACUCGUGGAUAGCCGUCAGGCAGGCGGCUAAUGAGAACAGGCACGAGCUGGUGUUGACAGGCGCGUCAGUCUCCAAGUUGAUCGAGGACUCUGGUCUGGACGAGAGUCUCUUCGACCUGCACGGCCUCAACUAUCUCAGCAUAACGCACACGUGUCUCCGGGAGAUGCCGGACGGGCUGGAGAAACUGACGAAUCUGACGACGUUGGUCCUGCACUCGAACGAGCUCGCCGCUCUACCGGGCACGAUCGGCAGCCUGAGUAAACUGAAGGUGCUCGAUUGCUCGAGGAACAAGUUGACCUCCCUCCCGCAGGAGCUAGACAACCUCCCGCAGCUGAGCACGUUAAACCUUGCCGCGAACCUCCUGCAGUCUAUACCGUCGCAAAGCGCGAAUGUUAGAUUGAGCAUCGUAGAUCUGUCGAACAAUCGCUUCGAGGCGUUCCCCGAUAUCUGCCAUGCUGAGCUUGUGCACCUGGCGGAGAUCCAUGUUAAUGGGAAUCAGAUAGCGGAGAUCCCAGCCAGCAUAAGUCGGCUUCAAGCGCUGAAAAUUCUAAAUGUCGCUGAUAACUUGAUUUCUACUGUACCGGGUGAGCUGGCAGACUGUGGUAAACUGAAGGAGGUGAACCUGAAAGGGAACAAACUGGCGGACAAGAGGCUGCUGAAACUGGUCGAUCAGUGCCGCACCAAGCAGGUGCUCGAUUAUGUGAAACUGCACUGUCCAAGGAGCGAUCCGUCCACCGCGGAGGCGAACAAGUCCAAGAAGGGAAAGAAGAGCCAGAAGUCUUCCGAGAGUGAGGGUGUGAUGGAUGAUGUGACCCAUAAGCUGAAGAUCUUGAAAGUAACGGACGACACGCCGGUGAUAAAGAUUAUGGACCACGUAAAGAACAUCAGACCGUACGUAGCGGCGUGUAUCGUGAGGGACACACGUUUCACGGAGGACAGUUUCAAGAAGUUCAUUCAGCUGCAGACGAGGCUGCACGACGGAGUGUGCGAGAAGAGGAACGCAGCUACGAUAGCGACGCAUGACUUGAAGUUGAUCGCGCCCGGAGACUUGACGUACACGGCGAAGCCGCCCGCAGAGCUGGAGAUUAAGCCUCUGAUGCGCAGCAAAAUGUACACGGGAGCGAUUCUGUUUCAACAGCUGCAAACGGAGGCUGAGAACCUGCGUAAGGAGAAGAAGCGAAACGUGUAUUCCGGAAUACACAAGUAUCUGUAUCUGCUGGAGGGUAAGCCGUUGUUUCCGUGCUUGCUGGACCACUCGCAGCAAGUUAUAUCGUUACCGCCUCUCACGAACAGCGAUGUAACGAAGAUGAGUCCAGCCACGCAGACGAUGUUCGUGGAGGUAACGAGUGCAAUAUCCUACACGGUUUGUAGGAAUGUGUUGGAUGUAUUUCUAAAAGAGUUAAUAGUGUCGGGUCUCACUGAUUCAUCGGAGCAGAAGGAUGCCGACAAGUUGAACAAUUUACUGGUUGAGCAAGUUAAAGUAGUUGAUAAGGAAGGAAAUUUAAAACUGGUGUAUCCGUCAAGAGCAGAUUUAAAUAGCAAUUACGGAUACUCUGUUACGAUAUUGCGAGAAUAACAGGAACAUGAGUUUAAAAAUAUUGAAAUUUAUUUAUGUUAAAAUAUUUAUAUCUCUAUAACUGUGAUUUGAUAAAUUAUUUUCAGUUAAUAUUGAUACGUCUCUCUGUUGUAUACAAAUACAAGUGUACAUAUUUUCUUUCUGAAGAAUAUAUUUUCUUUCUUUCUUUCUGAA